GAGAUACUCAACGUCCUGAACAAUGACCCGACUCGAGCCGUUGCCAAAGACAUUUUGUACGGACCUCGUCUCAACAACGAGUAUCGCUUCAAGCAAGUGAAAGGCUCGCUGAGGUACCAGCUCUACAUCAAACACUACGCGGUGAGCCGCAAUCAAGUCGUCUUUCCGUUCGUUAAGCAGACCGAGCAGAUGAAGGUCGAUGGGGGGCCAGAGCAGCAGAUUACUGACGUCGGGGUCCGUGCGCUUUCGAGGCGCCGUCUGAACUCCCGCAAGCAAAUGGCCGUCGUGAUCAACUACUGCCAGAGCCUCCUGCAAGAGGGCGUGCUGGAGGACACGCGAGGCCGGAUGCAGGCGGUGGAAACAGAUGCCCCCCACCACUACUCCAUGAUCGGCGGUGCGACGCUGGCGGGGGCCUUUUACAUGGCAUGCGAACAAGAUCCGAGCAAUGAGCACGUGAAGAGGAUUAUUUCGGAAGGCUUCUCUGGGGUCAACAUCUGGAUCAAGUCGAUGCCGCCAGACUCCAUCGAGUGGUUCAAGAACGAAGCCAAUCGCUGGCACCGCGGGUCGGCCUUCAACUUGGUGGAGAUUCUGAUGGAGAUGCCGAAGGCGGAGGCGCAAUGGGCUGCCCACCGGACGAAGCACGACAUUACCGUUAGGAGCUGCCCUUCCUCAGGUGAGUUCCGCUAUGAGAAGGUCUACCAGAGGCUCAUCAAAGAAAACUUCCCACGGAAAUUCAAAAAAUGGUUCCAGUGCGAUAAUACUAAGACGGCGGUCCACAUGAUGAACGACUGCCCGGCGUUGGACGAGUUCCUCAAGUUCGCAGAAGACGAGUGCGAUUUCACCAACUCGAACCUCAACGACGGGAUAGUCGCGACCCUGCUCAGGGAGAUCUGCGUCAUUCUCGACAAGAACUUCAAAGGCUACCUGCAGAAGGAUAUGCAUACCUCUGUCAUGGUCGAGCUGGUCAAGUUCACCAUUCCGUUGCUGGAGAGGCCCGGUCGCCGUUCGACCCCGUGGAUCUUCCGCGAGCCGGGGCGCGAGGAUCUUCUCAGGCGCUUGCUCUGCCCGAUGGCCAGCCUCAGCAAAGUGCGCCAGAAGUUCGAGGCGGCGUCGAAGAAGAGGAAGGCCCAGACCGAGGACGUCGAGGGGGGGGCGGCUGCGCCCAAAACCAAGGCAAAAGCCAAGGGGAAGGCUAAGGGCAAGGCCAAGGUCAAAGCAAGCCCAGCAAUCCUGUGUGCAAAUGAGGACUUGAGCCUCAGCAGCGUGCCCGGCCGCGACAGGGUCUUCCUGGAUGAUUUGGCGGCGCGCGUGGAGUUCCCCCUGAAGUACGUCAGCGCGAACAAGAUCGACUGGGCAUCCGUGCGCCGUCAGCUGAGCAUUGGCCUCGAGUUCUGCUUCGUGGGCACCGCCGCGCUCAACGGCAAGGACUUCGCGGCGUGGAGUGCGAUGAGGCCAGCCACGCAGCAGGAGAUCAUCGAAGCCCACGUGGCGGUCUACAGGGAGCAGGCGCCGUCUGCUGUCAGCGACGCUGCAUCUUCCUCCGAGGUCGCCGACGCAGUGGUCGCGAUGCUCGGGCAAGAGACAGACGUGCCCUCCUCGGUCCCCGAUGAGCUCCAGAACGAGAAGGUGGACGCUGUGAUUGGAGAGUUCAAGGAUCAGUCAUUCAUCCUGUCACUGAGCAACUUCCUGAACACAAACAAUUUGAAGCUUAAGGGUUCGAUUCGUCCAGCGUUCGCGUCCAUUCAACACGAAGUGGGCAGACGGAUUGCUGAGAAUGAUGGUGCAACUGCCUCACCUAAGCAACUUACUUCGAGGGCCCUUCUCUUCAUCGUGUUCGAGGUGGCGUCAGAAGUGUUCCCGAAGCGCACGUUCGAGUUCGUCUGGGGGGUCUGCGAGCUUGCCGCGGCUAACAAGACCACGCCUGUGAACCUACUCUCCUACGGCACCAUCGAGGACAGCGACGCCUUGGCGAAGGUCAUGUCUCUCAGGGUUUGCUACCUUCGCGAGAUCUUGGAUGCCAUGGCGUCUGGGGCGCACCGCGUGACGGUUGAAGACCGCGGUGCGUGCGUCAAGGAGACCAGCAACCGCAUCGCAGACGUCGGAGCUAUGGAUUGCGCCUUGGGCAGCAGCGAGGGGGAGAAAUGGGUCGACAGCCGCGCCAACGUUAACUCGGUCUUCGUGGGCAGCUAUUCGGCAUCGGACCUCGACAGAGUUCUCCUCCAACACAAGGGCGGCGACUCUGAGUCUCAGGCUUCGGCCGCGGUUGAGACGGCGCAGGGUUCGACGGUCAAGGCGGGGGCGGGCGAGACGCAGAAGAAGGACGAGCAGAAGUCCGAGAUGAAGUCCGAGCAGAAAUCCGAUGAGGAUGAGUGGUUAUCGAUCUCUACGCUCCGUUUGAAUAUGUCGAGGAUCUCGAGCCAGGGAGCCACCGGCGCCGUCAUCGAGGUCUUCGUGAAGACGCUUGCGGGGUGGCUGUUCGCGAAUACCAAUGGCGUCUUCAACGCCAAGACUGAGGACAAGGACAAGGAGACAAAGACUGUGAGUUUCAGGCCAGACGCGCGCUUGGACUGCGUCAAGAUCGCCCCCAAGGUGAAACCCAUCAAGAUCAAAGUGGAGCAGAUGCCUAAACAUCUGCGCCUCAGCUUUUGCGGCCGUGUCUCGCAGACGCCCGCGGUCGGAGCCCUCCCGCUGUGCGAGGCCUUCGGCACGAAGUUCUACGUCUCUGCGGGCAAUGGCGAGUGCGAGAACGUGGAUGCCGCCGACACCCUGUGCCCAGCUUGGCUGGUGAGGCAGAUGACAAAGGGCCAGGCGGCGACGACGGAGGUCGUGACGUCGACUGUCCCCUUCGAGUUCAAGUACUCCGCCGGCGUUCCGAUCCUGACCAAAGUCUCCGUCAGACUCUUCAGCCUGGUUCCCGACAAGGACUGGGUCGCGACAUCUACGGAGCUGGUGCGCCCUAAGAUCAACGAGCAGAUAUCGAAGGAGUCCAUCGGGCCGUCCACCAAGACCAAGACACCUGACGAUGAGAAAGCCCACGCCCUCAAGGAGCUGAAGGCCCAGUGGAAAUGGUGCAGCCACCUCUUCAAGUAG